UUUUGCUGUGUUUUAGUCGCUUGAAAAACGCGGCAGCCUAGCGCGCGAAAUUUUGAAAAUACAGUGUUUUUAUAUACCUUGACAAAAUAAAGCGGGAGGCGCUUUGUUUUUGUGUGUUGUUGAGGGCGCGAGAAAUAUAGGACUUUCAGUAGUUUCUGUGUUUCAGUUUUUGAAAAUUUCAAAUAGCGUUUUGCUAAAUAUUCAAUGUGAAAGUGGCUUCUGCAAUUCUGCGGAAGGAAUGCACCAAAAAUUUAACAUGGUGUGCAUCCUCUGCAAAAGCCCGUGUGAUGCCCCACUUCUCUUGGGGGACUUGUUGCAGAAGCGUGGUGUGCGCUGUCACCACUACUGCAUGCUAUUUUCCAGAGAGCUUCCACAGAAAGGCAAAGAUAGUGAAGGACUUCAAGGAUUCAAGCUAGCUGACAUUCGUGAACAAGUUAAGAAAUGUGCACCAAGGAAGUGUCACUACUGCCGACGCGGUGGGGCGCACGCCACCUGCAGUCACGCCGACUGCACCAAAAAGUUCCACAUCCCCUGCGCCGUGUUUGCCGGUGCCCUGCUCAGCUUCUUCGGCAGCUUCAACGUGCACUGCUCCGAGCACCGUCCCAGCCAGCAGGUGGACCCCGAACGGGUUCGGGACGAGUCGUGUGGGAUCUGUCUGUGUCCCGCCGGCCGGCCGGAUGGACUGCAGGUGCUCUGCACCCCCUGCUGCGGACACAACUUCCACAAACUCUGCCUGCAGCAAAUGGCUCUCAGUUCGGGCUAUUUUUUCACUUGCCCGAUUUGUCGUGACAAGAACAAUCGUUCCGGCUUCCUGAGACACGUGAAGAAAUUUGGCGUCUUCGUUCCUCAAAGGGACGCCAGCUGGGAGACGGAGCCGAACGCCUUCUCGGAGCUGCUGGAACACCACUCUGGCUGCGACCAGCGCUACUGCCUCUGCAGCCUCGGCCGACAGCACAUGGUCAAGGACCACAGUGACUGGGGCCAGCUGCUGUGUCACUCGUGCGCCUCGUUCGGCUCUCACCGACUGUGCGCCGGCUCGCCGUCCCGGCUGCCCUGGUUUUGUCCAGACUGUGAGAAUGCCUUCACUAACCGGCGCGGGGCGGGCACGGCUGCUGCCCCACGCCGGCCCACGCUGAGGCAGCUACUGUCGAGCCAGCAGCGGCCGGCCACCACUCUGAGCAUGGCGUCCGUCCUGGCGCCGGAGGGCGGAGCGCCGGACUGGCAGCGAGCCAUGACCAUGGUGGACGACCCGCGGCAGCUUCUGAGGUUCACCUGGAGCCGUGUGACGCGCAGUGUGACGAUCCGUACCAGGGCGGUUCAGCACCCCAAGAACCCGAACCACGUGAUUCCGUCUGUGCGACUGCAGCACGCCGAGUGGCAGCUGGGAGCGCGCGUGGUUCUGUCGCUGGCCGACAGAGGGCAGGCCGAGCAGGCUGCUCUGCACGGCGGGCGCGCUACAGUCGCCAAUUCUGGCAAACGGAAGGCUCGUGGUGGCAAAGGCUCGCGAGUCGGCAGAGCCCCGAAGGGAUCCGUCGCCACCUUACCAGCGAGUCCCGGGAAGAGGGCCCCUGCUGUGACGCCCCAGCCGCCACCGGCCGUUUCCGCUCAGCUGAAACCCAAGAGGCGGACGGGCAGACCCGCGAAAAGGAAAACAAAUGACGACCUUGUCCUAGCUGGUAUGAUGCAGUGGGCCUACACACAUCAACGUAGGACGAGGUCCAACGCCUGGAGGUUUGAGAUAUCUGCCGACAAGUAAGUGACGUUGACUGGACGCCGCCCCGGGGACUGAUGACGUGUCACCGGCUGCCGUGCCUUCUCUGUGGAGGGAACUUGUUUUCGUCUGGUUCGCUGGCGACUACGUUUGUAUCUGGUUCGCUGGCGACUACAUAGUUGAAGUUUCCGAUCGGGGGCUAGUUUUGAUUACGCUGCUGGCAGUCUGCAGGCAGUUUUGUGCGGGGUGAUGUGCUCUUGAUGAAUUUGUCGGUGUGUAAAGCUCGUCUUUAGAUAAGUUAAGUUACAUGUGGAUUGUACAAUGAUUUGCCUUGCUCGGAUUGCCUCUGAAAUCUAGUUACUUUUAAAACCCAAUCAGACGACCCAAUGUCAAAUUGUAAUAGUGAGGAUUUCGAAAUAUUUCUCGGAAUCGGCUGCUUCCAGUAGAGUCGAAUGUUGCAUUUGUGAAUGAGGAAUAAUUGACAAGUUUCUAAAUGGCAAAAUUGUGUGCCUCGGCUUAAAGCUAUGGACUAGUUGGGUGCGAGUGCUGUUGAGUGGCUGCAGGCAGUUAAAAAAAAAACAUACGGUCUGAUUUUGAAAUACCUUUGUAUCAGACUGAAGGACGAUCAACGAAAGGCAUACAAUCGCUCUACAACCUGGAUUAAGCCUGAACUCUUACAAUCGAGGGAAGCUCUACCAAACAAAUUCUGUAUUCAUAGUGAACAAAGUCACUACUUCUUUAUUUUGUCUAGAACUGUUGUAAUUGUAUAUAGGUUCCCAGAUCUCUCCUCAUUAGUUCAUUUAGGAUUGGCUAUUUUCCAAUAUCAUGUUUCCUAUAUGUGCUUGAAAGUACUGGUAAAUAGUGGGUGUGAGAUCAUGAACUCUGGAAGUAAAGAUGAACUCCAUGUCCCAGCAUUAGUUGCGUCCCUGCCGUAGUUUGAACUUUGAACAUAGAGACAACGUCUGUGUUCUGUUUGUGGUUACGAUGUCGCGAAUGUUUACCGACGAUGUUAAGAUUCGAGAAAUUGCGCCAUGCUGCAACGCUCGUUACGUAUUUCGUAAGUUUUACCGGUGUUUUAGCAUGGUUUUGUAAAGGCGGACGUCGUGGUGUACAAAAACUUGUGAAAUAUUCCUGGCAUUUUGUACAAAUACACUGAAAUGCUGAACAUUUCUUCAAUACGUA